CUGACUUCUGCAUCUAUAAAUACUCCUCUCCCUCUCCAACUCGCCAUCAUCCCUUCCACUCUUUCUCUCUUGUUAUUUGUAGCGGAAGGAAAGAAAUCAUGGUGGCCGGCAGUCUCAGCGAUGAGCUUGUGUCUCCUGUCUCAGUCGGAAGAUUAUGGAAGGCGUGUGUGAAGGACGCCCACAAUCUGAUCCCUAAGAUCAUGCCUCACAUGAUCUCUAGCGUUGAGGUUUGUGAGGGAAAUGGUGGGGUUGGAACUGUCAAAAAGAUCAAUUUCACUAAAGAGAUAAAGGGUUAUACAUAUGUGAAGGAUAAGACAGUGGCACUGGAUGACGAGAAAUUCUUCCUAAAAUACUCUCUGAUCGAAGGAGGUCUCAUAGGUAAGAAAUUCAAGUCUGUCUCAAUCGAGUUCAAGUUCGAGGAGGGCGCCAAUGGUGGGAGUGUGUCCAAGAUGAAGACUGAAUAUGAGACCAUAGGGGAUGCACCUCUCUCUGAAGUUGAGGGGAAAGAGAUGAAGGAGAACCUGCUUUCCAUGUUUAAGGCGGUUGAGGGCUACCUCUUACAAAACCAUGAUGCAUAUGCCUAGGCUCUCUCUCUCUCAUGUGUCUCUUUUGUUGAGGUUUUGUUUGUGCUGGUUGUCUUCAGUGCUUUGUGUGCCUUUCAAUCUUUUACCUUUUCAAGAGUGGUUUCUCAGGUGAAUAAUAAUGACAUUGCACUGUCGCAUUCCAACCUCGGUAUGCUGUCUUUAAUAAAAUGGAAAGGUUUAUAUAACUCCUCAAAAAUAAACCAUAGAAGGUUGUUUUGAUGUUGAAAA